AUGUUCCGGAAGUCUUCGGAGUUAGAGGGCAAAUGCUCCUCUUCUCCUUUCGUGCGGCGUGAUUCUCAUACCGAGGCUUCCACUAAGCAGGCUGCAACUCUUCUGCUGACUUUUUGGUUUAUUCUUUUCCCAUAUUUCAGUGUUGGAGUGUUUCUCUUGCCGCCCUUGGGAAUCGGGCACAGUCAUAUGAAGGCGCUUGCUUCGGCAGCCAAAGGUGGUUCCGUUUGGUAUUUCUUGUGGAGACAUUUGUCUUCCUUUCCUUUUCGGCCACCUCUUUUCCCAUGGAGAAAGGCCUCUGGUACUGUCCUGCCCGAUGAUCUUUGCCCCGUUCGUUCCAUCAUGAAUAAUAGUUACAAAAGUGUGUGUCGGUACGGCGGUGGAUAUUUCCCCAAUCGCUUUGGUUGCUUUUACUAUUUUGUGGGGCGGUUUAAAGUUGGUAACUCAGUGCACUUCCAAAAAAAUUGCGACUCGUACAUUUGGUUUUAUAUGGAGGGUGGAAGAGCCGAAAACGUGUAUGUGCUUGCUUGGAUGAGUCGGAAAAUAAAUUCUAGUUUCCGUGUAUUUUCCCUUCAUUACGUCAUAUAUGGCUUGGCCUUUAGAUUUGUGUAA